UUCCCCUUAUUUUAAAGAGAAGUCAGGGGAGAUAAAAGUGGGUGGCGGGGGAGACCACAUCUCCACGGCGUGUGAGACUUCUCGGCUACGUGCUGUAGCCAGCAUGCCUUUGUUCCUGCUUUCCAUCCUAUGUCUCAUCACCCAAACUCAAGCAACAGCCAUAAAACAAACACCAGAAUUAGAGCUCUAUGAAGUAGUUCGUCCUAAAAAACUACACAUUUUACACAAAAGAGAGAUACAGAGCAACCAGACGGAGAAGCAUGGCAAAGAGGAAAGAUAUGAACCUGAACUUCAGUAUCAAAUUAUAUUAAAAGGAGAAGAAAUCAUCCUUUGUCUACAGAAAAACAGGCAUAUCGGGCCUGAUUACACUGAAACAUAUUACUCACACAAAGGAGAAGAAAUCACUACAAGCCCGCAGAAUAUGGAACACUGCUACUAUAAAGGACACAUCCUAAAUGAAAAGGAUUCUGUUGCCAGCAUUAGUACCUGCAAGGGGUUGAGGGGAUACUUCACUCAUCAUGGUCAGAGAUAUAUGAUAAAGCCUCUGAAAAGUAUAGACCAAGAAGAUCAUGCCGUCCUCACCCAUAACCAGGAGGAGCUAGAAACAGCUGAUCGCAGUUGUGGUGUAAGAAAUGUUGGCAGGAAACAAGGACUUCUUCGAGCCUCUAGGUCACUCAACAACCCAGAGCAAGAACGCUUUCUUCGGGCUAAGAAGUACAUUGAUCUCUUUUUGGUGCUGGAUAAUGCCUUUUAUAAUAUCUCUAAGGGAAAUCUAACUUUGAUAAGAAGCUUUGUGUUUGAUGUGGUGAACCUACUCAAUGUGAUUUAUAACACCAUAGAUAUUCAAGUGGCCUUGGUAGGUAUGGAAAUCUGGUCUGACGGUGAUAAGAUAGCGGUGGUACCCCAAACAGGCGUUACCUUUAACAACUUUCUGAGUUGGCAUCGUUCUAACCUGCGGAAAAUGAGGAGCCAUGAUCAUGCUCAGCUACUCAGUGGAAUCGGCUUCAACAACCGACACGUAGGAAUGGCGGCCUCAAACUCCUUGUGUUCUCCAUCUUCCGUUGCUGUUAUUGAGGCUAAUAAAAAAAAUAACGUGGCUCUUGUAGGAGUGAUGUCCCAUGAGCUGGGUCAUGUCCUUGGCAUGCCUGAUGUUCCAUAUUACACCAAAUGUCCCUCCGGGAGCUGUGUGAUGAAUCAGUAUCUGAGUUCAAGAUUUCCAAAGGAUUUCAGUGUAUCUUGCCGCUUCCAUUUUGAAAAAUAUAUUUUAUCUCAAAAACCAAAGUGCCUUCUGCAAGCACCAAUUCCUAAAAAUAUAAUAACAAAACCAGUGUGUGGGAACCAACUUCUGGAAGUAGGAGAAGACUGUGAUUGCGGCUCCCCUAAGAAAUGUACCAACCCUUGCUGUGAUGCCGCUACCUGUAAAUUAAGAUCCGAAACCGAGUGUGGAGAAGACACUCUGAACCAUACCACACAAUGAAUCUGAACAUCUACUUCAUUGAAAUGCUAAUUGCCAGGCCAAGAAUCAAGAAAUCUAAAUAUGCCAGGAAACUUGUGUAUUUUCAUGGUUGUACUUAAAUAUAUUUUGCUUUUCACUUGUCAUUAUACUUCCUGUAUUUUUACCAGUCUAACCAAUGGGUAAAUAGAUGUACUCGGAGAAGUUGCCUGUUUUCUAAGACCUAAUCUUUAGUGUAUUUUUAACGAUUGCUUAGCUCUGCACUUUGAAGAACAAGAGAAAUUAGCCUUUGAUCAAAACAGGUCAAAAUGCAGCACUGAACUAUUCAGGCUCCAUUCAGAAUUGUAAAUUUAUGAGUAACCUGUAAUUUAACCCCCUUUAAUUCUACCCCUAUAGCCUGUGAAAUAAGACCACUUAAUGAGCCUUUGGAAGGAAGAAAGGAGAGCAGAAUUCAUGUCAUUUAUUACUCUUCAGGAUCCCACCUGGGUCGUAGAGAUGAGACAUUUUUCUAUAUCAUAUCAAAAUUAAUUAAAUACACACAUUUGUCAUUAUACCAUCACAUAUAAGGUUAAUUAUGAGAAGUCUGCAUUGCUUACAUUUUAGUUUAGUUACCAAGAAAAAUGCUUCAUUUAUCCAUUGAUUUAAUGAACCUUAAUGUCAGUGAAUAAAGACACAACUUUUUGAGGUC